AUGAUUGACGAAUGUUCAAGUUUAGAUGUUAGUUUCGUUGACGACGAGGCUUUGCCCCCGGGCUUAGUCUUCACUGAUGUCCAGUUAAAGAAAUGGCGCAUCGGAAAACCUAUUGGCAGGGGAAGCUUUGGUCGCAUUUAUCUGGCAUCGGAUGAUGUGGAAAAAGAAGUGACAAAACAAAAUGCAAGGUAUGUGGUGAAGAUAGAACCCCAUACAAAUGGACCUCUGUUUGUUGAAGUACAUUGCCUUAUAAGAACAGCGCAAGUUUCUAAAGUGAAAGCAUGGCGUCAGCAAAAUAAGCUAAAAAGAAUUGGAAUGCCAAUAUAUAUUGCAAGUGGAUCGAUUAUGGAUGAAAACACUGGUACAAAGUAUCGUUUUUUAGUUCUUCCGAGGAACAAUCUUGGAAAAUUUGGCAACUUCAUGGGUUCAGCAAGACAAUUCACAUGGGCUGAAAUCUUAGCUGGUAACCCUGAAGAUAUAAUUAGAAAAGAGAGAAACCCUGUGACUACAGAUGAGGAUGAUGAUGAUGAUGACACUACAUGCAAGUAUAGAAUCAGAAAGCUAUCAAAUGCAUCAAACGAAAGUAGCAAUGAAACAAAUAUUCAGUCUCCAUUAAUGCAAAAGGACUACUUACAAAAGCUAAAUCCAACAUAUGCCAUGAAAGAGGUUUUAGCCAAUUUUAAAAAGAAGCUUGCAGGUAAAGUAUUAAAAGAAUCGGAGGAAGUCCCAGUCGGCUUAGAAGGUUACACCCCAGCAAUGAUAAGGUUACACAAAAUAAAAGAAAAAAGAGAAGCAAAAGAAAAACAAGAUGCCAUGAAGCAAAGUUUGGAGAAUAGAGAUUUAGUCCGGCAAACAAGAUGUACCAGGUCAAUGGCAACUAAAAUUGAGAAGGAGAAGAUACCAAAUACAAGAAGGACGAGAAAGAAUGCAGUUGUUGAACUUAACGAGAAGACUUCAGACACCUCUUCUAAUAAUAGUUUGGCUAUACCAAAAUCCAAUGAUGAAAUUACAUCUCGGUCAACAAGAAGUGUUACAAGUAAAAAAGAAGUGAAAAUUAAAAGUCCUAAGAAGACAACUAAACCUAGAACAAGAAAUACAACAGUGGUAUUAAACCGAAGAAGGUUAAGGAGUAGUAAACGUAAGAAACAA